CAGUUCCACGCUUUGCGUAGUGAAAGCGUAACAAUUUUUAAGGCCGCUUCGGAAAAAGUUAUUCAAGAUGUUGCCAUGUGCGCAAAUAUCUUAAAGCAAACAUGCGAAAUACUAAUUUUCAUCCAUGAAAGAGGUUUCUUGCACAACGAUCUGAAGAGCAAUAAUGUUGUGGUUGACGGAUCGGAAAACAAGCCCGUAAUUAUCGAUUUUGGAAAAAGCUGCAAGAUUGUUAAAGCCAGGUUACGUAAACCUGAGGUGCACAUUGAUAAAUCGAUGAACAAAUUUCCGCACAUCGCACAGGAAAUACAUCGCGGUGAAAGGCAGUCCAUCGCUAGCGACGUGUUUUCGUUUGGCUAUCUGGUCACUCGUUUAUUUAAAGACGCUAAGCUAGAACCUCCACCAGUCCUGAAGGAAGUGGCUGCAAAAUGUCAGAGGUCAAUCCCAGGAAAACGUCCUAAACUGCUCGACUUUUUCACCAUCCUGACUAAAUUAUCAUAA